UAUGCUGUAAGAGUACUAUGACAAGAAGGUCUUGUUUCUUACUGGAUGCACAGGUAGAAAUGAAAACUAAUUUUUAUAGGGUUUGUUGGUAAAGUGUUAUUAGAAAAGACCUUGCGUUGUCUUCCAAACAUAGCUUGUAUUUAUGUGUUGAUAAGAUAGAAAAAGGGAAGCAAUUUAAUGGAAAGAUUCAAAAGAGAGAUUCUGGACUCUUAGGUAAUAACAAUAUUAUUAAUAUUUAGUGCUUUGAUAGAUUGAGAAAGACAUAUGGAAGUGGAUUUGAGAAAUUUAUUAGUGAAAAAAUAUAUCCUAUAGAAGGAGAUAUGUUAAAGGAUGGUUUAGGUUUAUCUUAACAUGAUAAGCAAAUAAUAAUUAAUAAUGUCAAUGUAAACAAAAAAUUACAAUAGAUAGAUAAUAAUUAAUUGUGCAGCCAGUGUUGAUUUCAAUGCAAGAUUAGAUGAUGCUAUAUUAAUCAAUGUAAGAGGACCUUAGAGAUUUAUAGCUUUAGCAUAAUAAAUCAAAAAUUUAGAAAAUUUUAUUCAUAUUUCAACAGCUUAUGUAAAUUCAGAUAAAGGAGGUUAUAUUGAAGAAAAAAUUUAUAAUCCAGGCUAAGAGAAUUUAGAAUAGUUAGUCACUUAAUUACUUAAAACACCUGUCAGCAUCUUGGAAAAGAAUGUAAAAGACAUAAUUGGAGAUUUUCCAAAUACAUAUACAUUUACAAAAUGUAUUGCAGAAAAACUAUUAGUCUAAACAAGAUCUCCGAAUUUUCCAUUGACUUUUGUAAGACCCUCUAUAGUAGGUGCAUCAUGGAGAGAUCCAGUCCCAGGAUGGAUUGAUAGUUUAGUGGCCAGCAGUGCAAUAUUUUUUUUUGUUGGCUUAGGAUUAAUUAAAACAUUAAAUGGGGAUGAAUGCCUAAUUGGAGAUUAAGUGCCUGUUGACCAUGUAUCAGACUUUAUUUUAACAGUUGGAGCAUAUUAAAAUGGGAGAAAAGAGGUUUCUGUAUAUCAUUGUUGUUCUUCAGCCAAAAACCCAAUGACAUGGGCUUUGGCUAAAGAAGUAAAUGCUUAAUUUUGGACAAAAUCUCCAAGUUCUCAAUAAUUCUCUAAACCUAAUUUAACAUUUUAUAAAAAUGAAAAGUUAUAUAAACUUAUGACUAAAAUAAAAAAUACUCCUGCUUUAAUGUAUUAUUAGAUUGCUAAUCGGAUAGGAAAUAAGGAAAUGAAAAUAUAAGCGAAGAGAUUAAAGAAAAUAAUAGAAAGAGCUGAAUCAAUAAAUGAAACAUUUAAACCAUUUGUUAUAAAUGAAUGGAUAUUUGAAAGUUCCAAUAGUAAUUUAUUAAUUAAAUUCUUGAGUGAAUCUGAAAAGUAAUAUUUUAAUGUUGAUAUUGAAAAAUUGAAUUGGAGAAAAUAUUUAGAGAGAUUUAAUUGGGGAAUCCAAAAAUAUAUAUUAAAAGAUUAAACUAGAGAACUAAAUGAGUAAAGUACUGAUGUUUUAUCUUAAAGAAAUUAAUAAUCUUAUUUUAGUGAUAUUGAAUGGUGUCUGAGUAAUGGAUAAGAUUUUAAAACAAAAACUGCAAAAGAAUAAAUUAGUUUAGUAAUGAAUUCAUAAAGAGUACAAUCUGUAAUCAAAUAAUUGGUGGAAGAAAAAGCAAAAAAAUAUUAAUCUGCUACUCUUAAUCUAGAGAAAUUCCAUUAAAAUAUUGAAAAAUAAGGGGUUGACAUUUGUGAAGUUAUGUUUGCUAAUUAUAAUAUGGGAGUAAUCCGUAUUUUUGCUUGGUUUAUAACUAAAGUUUUUAGACAAAUCUAUGAGAAAGUUCAAAUAAAUGAAUAGGCUUUAUUAGAAUUACAAAAUUAUAAUUAAAAAGAAGGUGGACCAUUAAUAUUUAUGCCAACCCAUAGAUCCUACAUUGAUUUUAUUAUGGUAAUCUAAUAUCAUAUUAUAUUUAGUGUUCAUAUGUAUUCUUUUCAUAUAAAAUUAAAUGUCCACAUAUUGCUGCAGCUGAAGAUUUUUUAUAAAUGUCUAUUAUUCCCAUAAUUUUGAGAGCUUCUGGAGCUUUUUUCUUGAAAAGAAAACAAUUAGAAGAUAGCAUCCUUUAUAAAGCUAUAUUUUAUGAAUAUGUCUAGAGAAUUUUGAUUGAAGAAUGCUACUUAGAGUUCUUUAUUGAAGGGACAAGAUCUAGAACUGGAAAAACUUUAAAUCCUAAAUUUGGAUUACUUAGUAUAGUAAGCGAUGCAGUCUUUGAUAAAAAGAUACCAAAUGCCACUAUUUUGCCAAUCACUAUCAAUUAUGAAAAAGUUUUGGAAGCAGAUACAUAUCCAUAUGAAUUAUUAGGUGAAGAGAAAGUCAAGGAAUCAUUAAUAAGAGUUAUUAAAGCAUUAAAAAUAUUAUCAUCUAAUUUUGGAAGAAUUCAUGUUGGUUUUGGGAAAAUGAUAUCUCUUAAAGAAUGGUCAAAAUAAUAAGGAUUAGAUUCUUUUGAAAAUAUGAGAGAUAGAAAAAUAGCAGUAGAAACUUUAGGAUAUGAGGUAGCUUAUAGAUUAAUUGAAGAAUUGGUAGUCAUGCCAACAGGAAUAGUAUCCUCACUUUUAUUAAUGAAUAGAAGAGGCAUUACAGAAGAUUAAUUAAUUAAACGAUUUGAAUGGGUUUUAAAAUAGAUUACAAUUAGAGGAGCUAAGACAUCUAUUACAAAUAAUGGUCAAAGUGAUGUUACAGUUAGAAAUUCUAUUGGAUUUUUAUAAGAUUUGAUUGAUAAAAAAAAGAAGAAUGUUUUUGAAUUGACAUUGAUUCCAAAGCAAGAAUACAAAAGCAUAUUGUUGUUAAGUUAUUAUAGAAAUCAAUUAGCUCAUAUUUUCUUUAGUGAAGGUAUAGUUUGUUGUGCUUUAAAUGGAUUUGGACAUUUAUUAUCUCAUAAGGAGGGUGUAAGUAUUGAAAGAUUAUGGGAAGAAAGUGAUUUUUUAUUAAAAUUGCUUAAAAGGGAAUAUGUAAUUAGAAAUAGAAUAACUACUAAGGAAUAAAUGAUUGAUUUCAUAUAUUGUAUGAUCGAUAAAAAUGUAUUAGAAAAGGUUUCAGAUAAAAUUAGAGUUAAUCAAUAAUUUGGUGAAUAAGCUUCUCAAUUUACUUGUUCAAUUAUAUGGCCCUUAGUAGAAUGUUAUUGGGCUACUAUAGUUUAUUUAUAUCAAUUAAAACGGGUGAGUGAAGCUAGUACAACCUUUGAAUUGGCAGAAUUGAUUGCACAGAUAUAAGGAUUUGCUGAAUAAAUGUUUGGAGAACAUAUAAUGGAACAUUAUGAGAGUUGCUCAAUUGAAACUAUUAAAAAUGCUAUUAACACUUACUCUACAAUGAGAUGUAUUAAUAUCAAUAAAAAGGUUGAUUCAGAAUAAGUUAACAUUUUAUUUACAGAUUAAGAAGUAUUUUUAAAAGUUAUAAUUUUUUAUAGUUAUUAGAAGUAGAAGCUUAAGUGAAAAAGUACCUUAAGAAUAAUUAUUCAAAAUCAAUAUAAAACCCUAUAGAUAUUGCAAGAUCUUUGUUAGAUUAUACCAUUAUACCAAAAUUAUGA